AAGAGAGGGAGUCAAGUUGGACGCUGGAAAGAUUUCCAAGAACCCUGGGCGUCGACAAGUUGCCAAGUUGGCCCUGAAACAGUUUCUGGGGCAGAUGGGGUAUGAACGUCAACAAAGGACAGCUUACCUAUGUGCAUACGGUGCCAGAAUUUAAUAAGAUGUUGGCGGAUCCUACUAAAACAAUCAAAGAUGUCUUUCUUCCCACGCCUGAGGUGGCUGCCAUUUCCUGGGAGUCUGCGAAAGAGUUUGUGCCGCAGGAUGCCUCGACCAACAUUUUCCUAGCAACUUUUACGACAGCUUGGGCUCGUCUCAAGCUGUAUAGUGAAAUGGAGAAGCUGGGUCGAGAUGUCCUGUACCACGACACAGACUCCAUAAUAUAUGCCUCAAAUGGAAGAAAUGAUCCCCCGUUAGGAAAUUUUCUUGGAGAGUUCACGGAUGAACUGGAUGGAGAUGUCAUUAAAACCUUCGUCUCUGGAGGACCGAAAAACUAUGCAUACCAGACGGCCACUGGGAAAACCUGCUGCAAAGUCCGAGGAUUUUCAUUGAACUUUCCGGAAUUCCCAGUUGCUGAAUUUUGA